GUCAGAGGCCCCACCAUGGAUUGGACUUGGCUCUGACCUGUCUGGGCACUGACAUAGCACCCAUGGGGGUGCCCUGGGGUGUUUGGACCGAGGGAGCUGGUGGCAGAUCUUUUGAGUCCUCGUUCUGGUCCUUCAUGUGGUUUGUGGGUUUCUGUUUCUUGGCAAACCAGUGGCAGGUGACCAAACAUGAGGACAACCCACUGAGGGAGGGAGGAGACGCUGCCCGGGCAGCCAUCACCUUCUCCUUCUUCUCCAUCUUCACCUGGGCGGGCCAGUCCUUCCUGGGCUACCAGAGGUACAAGCUAGGGGCCGACUCAGCCCUCUUCUCCCAGGACUACACGGACCCCAGCCAGGACGCAGCCGGAGCCCCUUACACCUCCUUCGGUGGGGACGACCUGGAGAGCCCAGGAGGAGGAGGGGGCCAGGCCAACAGCGACGGGGCCUUUGAUGGCACCGGAGGCUACCAACGUCAGGACUACUGAGAAAUAUAAUAAGGGAGGAGACCUUGUGAAGUUGCCCAUAGUUCCUAAUUUAGAGCAGGGUUUGUAUAGUUUCUGUCACACUAAAAACAAUUACAGUUUGGUUAAUAUAGCACAGACGCAAUACCAGUACCAAUGGGUUGUUUUGGCCCAGUGUUAGACACAACAACCACCCCAAAGUCAAAAAUUCUUUUUACAUUGUAGUUCAGCUGAGCAGGACUCCAUUAACGUUUAAACGCGCUGCCUCUGCACACUCGUCGCCAGACUCCCUCUACACCUCUGCUGGACUCUGCGUUGUGAUUUUUUUCUUCAUAGUUGCAGUGGAGUGUCUUGUGGAGAGAAGGAGGCUCCAGACGCAGGGUUUGGGAUUGUGGUUGAGACCUUGACUGCGGUUUAUCUCACAGUAACACUCAGUAACAUCUCUGUUGCUGGCAUCACAUCCUCAACAAAAUCAUCAACCUUGCAGGGCAAGAGAAAAUAAAAUUUGAAAAACAUUGCGUCCUAAACAAAAUCUCAAAGCUACGGUGCCCUGCUGGGGACAAACAGUGUGAACUACCACGCUUGCUGCGAAAUAGACAGCAUGAUAGUGCCUCCCACUGGCUUAAACAGGUAGCUGUCUUACAUUUACAUCUGGAGCUGUCACUAACAUGAGCUGCUCACGCAUGAGUAGAUGCACACUUCCUUCUGUGCAGUGAUACAGGUGGUGGUUGUAGUUCGGUAGAAAGAAAAUAGUUCCUACAUGGUUUUGUAGUUUAUCCUGAGUAACAGCAUCAUUAUUUCUGGAGAGAGACAUUACUGCUGAGUUUGUCAGAUGUGCUUUUUCGCUCUUUGAGCACCAAAUGACAAGUGCUAUCUAGUCUUAUUAUAUUUGAGACAAGGCAGACAUCUCUAUGGUCGAUAUCUCACACCAAAACAAUCUGGAUUUAUAAACAGCACUACAGGUAACAGGAAAAAUAUGUAUUUUUGAUUUUGGGAUGCACUGUUUCUUUAAAUUUUACCUUAAAACUGUCACAAAUCGAUUGUUAAAGCUGCACUGGGUAACUUGUUAUAUUUGCUGAAACUGUCACCACAUCCUGAUAGGAGUACAUGAGACGUUAAUCCGUGGGGGAAAAAACACGUUCCUCUGCCUCCUCCGAAUGCUUCUGCUUUGCAUUUGCAAGAAUCCACCGUGCCUGAACGAAAAACAACCAAUCAGAGCCAGGAGGACUCUCUAACGCAGUGUCAAUCACAGCUCGUGCACAUGCUGCAGAACCCCAGUGAAGCUCAAGCUGGGCUCUGAUAGGUUGUUUUCAUUCAGGGGCAGUUGAUUCUUGCAAAUGCCAUUAGAAGCACUAAGAGGAGGAACAUGAUUCCCCCCCCCCCCCCCCCCCCACACACACACAAAUUAUCUGUCUCAUUCGCUACAGUCAGGAUACAAUGACAGUUUCAGCAAAUACGGCAAAACGUUUUUUUUCUAUAAAACUUACCUACUGUAGCUUAAAGUGUACAAAACAAUCAGCGAAGGACACUUAAAACUGCAAAACAAUUAAUAACAAAUAGUCACAUGUAAGGUUUAAAAAAGCUAACACCAACACUGAAUGAGAAUAUCCCUUUUUUUUUAUGCAAGGGUACUGCGUAGAGUGGAGACAUUAUUGCAUUAGUGCUAUAUGAACUCAAAUUGGGUCAGUUUUGACAUAAUGACUUUUAGUGCGAGCAUGCGUGCAAAAAUGAAAGCACUUAGCUGGGAGGAAAAGUUGGUGGAUUUCAUGCCUGUGACAUGUCAGUUAUCGGGCUGAUUUCCAUAUAAAGCUAUAUUCAUCUCUGAGUCAGAAACUGUGGGCAACUUUCCAGAUUUUUGGACAAGAUGUCAAUUAGGUGUGAGUCUGCGGUAGAACAAGAGCAAGGGGUUCAGGGUAUCCAUGGGAAAAGGUAUUGGGAUGUAGAGAGUCACUUGGUGCAGUUAAAGAUGUCAGGAACAAUUUAGGGGCAUAAAAGGAGUGUGGGAUGAAUCGGGAGGUCAAAGGUUUGCAGAAACGGUCACUCUGUAGCAGAUCAAUGCUUGUGACCACAUUGCCUUCAUCCUCUGAGGUCUGCUGUCAGUAAGCAAAACGAUCAGUGUUAGUUGAAACACACACACACAAAAAACACACACAUGCAAGCACAGGACAUACAGAUUUUUAACAUACAACACAAGUUUCUGCUGACGAAACUCCUUAGAGGUGUAUUACAGGAUCUCAGCAUAGACAAACAAGCAACAGUGGCAUAUCUGGCAACUAAUCCCCUCAGUUGUAACACAGGAGUGUGUUUGUGCGUGGGUCGAAAGGUCUCCAUUGGGUUUUUGUUUUUAUGUGUGGGUGUGGGACAGUGUGUCUUUUCUUAUUUCCCUUAAGAACCCGCUUUUUCUUUCCUCGAUUGUUGCCUUAGUGCUGACUGCCAAGCAAAAUCCAACGAACACAGGGCAACAUAAAACCCAACAUGCAGCAUAUCACAGUUCUCUCUCAGCAUCUUUAGAGCAAAAAUACAGCCGAUAAAAUUGUUUUUGUCCCCAAGCACGCAGAAACCCCGAACAAAAUUAGCAUUUGUCGACAUUAUAGAGCAUCCAAAAUAAAAACGUUUCACAUCAGCAGGCCUACAGACAACCUACCACACUGAUAAACUACAGGUAAUUUAUCUUUUUUCCCAUUUUAUUUCAACAAAU